CCGAGGCGUCCCAUUGCCACCACAAGGCUUUAUUGCUUCUCUGGGCGCUACUCCCUCGGGCCGCCCGACGCGACGCACUAGCAGCGGAGCACCGAUUCUUGGCGGACUCUCGGGCGCUGCUAGGAGCAGCGUCACUCUUUACACCGGAAAGCUGGCGGGUACUAUGGGGAAAAAACAGAACAAGAAGAAAGUGGAGGAGGUUCUAGAAGAAGAGGAAGAGGAAUAUGUGGUGGAAAAAGUUCUUGAUCGACGAGUUGUCAAGGGCAAAGUGGAAUAUCUUCUAAAGUGGAAGGGUUUCUCAGAUGAGGACAAUACAUGGGAGCCAGAAGAGAACCUGGAUUGCCCUGACCUUAUUGCUGAGUUUCUACAAUCACAGAAAACAGCCCAUGAGACAGAUAAAUCAGAGGGAGGCAAGCGCAAAGCCGAUUCUGAUUCUGAUGAUAAGGGAGAGGAAAGCAAACCAAAGAAGAAGAAAGAAGAGUCAGAAAAGCCACGAGGCUUUGCCAGGGGUUUGGAGCCUGAACGGAUUAUUGGAGCUACUGACUCCAGUGGAGAACUCAUGUUCCUGAUGAAAUGGAAAAACUCUGAUGAGGCUGACCUGGUCCCUGCCAAGGAAGCCAAUGUCAAGUGCCCACAGGUUGUCAUAUCCUUCUAUGAGGAAAGGCUGACGUGGCAUUCCUACCCCUCAGAGGAUGAUGACAAAAAAGACGACAAGAACUAGCCCUCUCAAGUACCAGCCCCUGUCACCUUGACUGUGGGUUUCAAGUGGGGAGGGAAGGAGUUCUACUUGUCUUCACACCAUAGAGGUGGCUUGAGAAGAUGUCCUUUGAAGAGCCAGCAUAGUUUCUGUGCCCUGCAGCAGCCCAAGUGCUUUAAAUCGUUUCAAGCUGUAUAGUUUGCACACCCAUCCCAGUGGAGGGAGAAAGGGUAUGUGUUUCAAGGCAACCUGUUCUUCGCUUUGCUAAGAAAGCCGAGGGCCUUCCAUGAAGGACAAAACCCGCAGAACUGGGGUGUGGGAGAGCAAAGAUACUGUCGAUCUUCAAAGAGCAUCUCCACAACCCACAGCCUUCUUCCCAAUAGUGUUAACUGCAUUUUUACAGCCUAGCAUGUGUGUAGUUUUUGGCUAUUACUGGUAUAUUCAUUGGGGGUGGGAGGGUUGGGGCAGGGAGGAAGGGAGAUGGGUGGAAUCAUUUUGGUUAAAAUUUGGGGCCUGAUUGGGGAAAUGGUGAAACAGUAGAAAGAACAGCUAACUAAUCAAUUGGUUCUAUGUCAAUAUUUUGCCUUUUCAAAAAAUUUCAUUGGCACCAUUAAUGAGGAUUGAGAGACUGUUAAAAAUCAGUGAAUGCUGAAAUCUACAGCCAAGGUGCUCCCUACCUGAGCUCAUUGUGGCCCACAAAGGACAAAGCCAGUUCCCUGAGUUACCAAAGCUGCCAUUUGAAGAUGGAAACUGACUGAGGAGGGAAAGUUUUAUUGGAGAGUAUAUACAGACUGUUCUGCCUUUAGAGGUGCUAAUUACUGAAAUUGGAGAAAAAUACCUUUUUCCAGUUACGAAGUUACAAAUAAGUUUGACCAUCUAAAGCCACUGGCUCAAGUAUUGCAGGAGGGCCUAUGGGAGAUGGGAGCAAAGGGCCUGUGCUCUUAGGGUUGAAACUCUUGGAGCUUUUUUGUUUUGUUUGUUUGGUUUUUUUUUUUUUUUUUU